UUUUCAAGAUGUCGUCGCUGGAAAAGAGGCUGUCGCGAAUCGAGGAGAAACUAAAGCUUGAAAAUGAAGAUGCCCGCCGGAGAAUCGACCUUAACAUCGAGAUGAGUCCGCAGCGAUCACGUCCAAGGCCGAUCAUCGUGAUCCAGCUCAGUCCUGCUCCAGCCCCUUCCCAGCGUGCAGCGCUCCAGCUGCCACUGGCCAACGAUGGAGGCAGCCGCUCAUCGUCUUCAGAGAGCUCGCCUCAGCACCACCCAUACCCCAGCCGCCCGCGACACAUGCUCACGCUGCCCACGCCUCCGUACGGCCUGCAGAAGAGCUUAGAGAAUGCAGAGAUAGAUCAGAAAUUGCAGGAGAUCAUGAAACAGACGGGCUACCUGAAGAUCGACGGCCAGAGGUACCCAGCAGAGGUGACAGACCUGAUAAGUGAGGGGGAGAUAGGCAGUGGGACCUGCGGACAAGUCUUCAAAGUACGAUUCAAGAAGACCGGCCACGUCAUCGCUGUGAAACAAAUGCGUCGUACGGGAAACAAAGAUGAGAACAAGAGGAUCCUGAUGGACCUGGACGUGGUGCUGAAGAGUCAUGACUGCCCUUACAUCAUCCAGUGCUAUGGCGCCAUAGUUACCAACACGGAUGUCUUUAUUGCCAUGGAGCUGAUGGGAACGUGUGCUGAGAAGCUGAAGAAGAGAAUCCAGGGCCCCAUCCCAGAGCGCAUCCUCGGGAAGAUGACAGUAGCAAUAGUCAAGGCGUUGCUGUACCUGAAAGAGAAACACGGUGUCAUCCACCGGGACGUGAAGCCCUCCAACAUCCUCCUGGACGAUAAAGGUCAGAUCAAACUGUGUGACUUCGGCAUCAGCGGACGCCUCGUCGACUCCAAAGCCAAGACCCGCAGCGCCGGCUGUGCUGCCUACAUGGCGCCUGAGAGAAUAGACCCUCCAGACCCCACCAAACCUGACUAUGACAUUCGAGCAGACGUGUGGAGCCUUGGCAUCUCUCUGGUGGAGCUGGCCACGGGACAGUUUCCCUACAAGAACUGUAAGACAGACUUUGAGGUUCUGACCAAAGUGCUGCAGGAAGACCCUCCUCUGCUGCCUCUCGGCAUGGGCUUCUCCCUCGACUUCCAGUCCUUCGUCAAAGACUGCCUCACAAAGGAUCACAGAAAAAGGCCAAAAUACCACCAGCUGCUGGAGCAUAGUUUCAUCCACCGUUACGAGGUGGUGGACGUGGACGUGGCCGGUUGGUUCCAGGCGGUGAUGGAUCGCACCGAGUCGCCCCGCAGCAGCCAGUGUUACAGCCAUCAGCACCAGCUCCACUCGCUCUUCAGUAGGUAGCCUAGCCCAGCCCGGCGCUAGCUUAGCCAGAUGCUAGUCUUGCCUAGCAUAAGCUUUGCCAAGCUCAGACUCAGUCUGCCCUAGUCUAGCCCAGCGUUAGCAGCUAAGCCUAGCGUUAGACCCAGCCUGUCCAUCUGUCCACCAGAGACCCUGAAGAGCCCACAGAGGAGGGCGAGACGGAGACUCGAUGGAGGGAUGGACGGAUGGAUGAUACAGGUGUUCUGUUUCUCAGUGUGUUGAAUCUGGACAGGCAGACAUGGGAAGGGGGGGAAGAGAAAAUGAUGUGCACACUGUAGUUAGCUUCAUUUGUUUACACACUGUCUCGUCACACUAUCCUAACGUCACAGCAUAGUGUGUGUUACAGCCACACACUUGUAUACGUGUUUUUCACGGUCAUGUCCUUCACGUGUCAUUUAGUUUUUCACCUACAUGUCUUCAGCAUUGAUCCAAGCCGUUGGAACAGAGUAGUCACCACACACUGGAACAAAGCAUCUGCUACAUUAGCAAACAUGAAUCUUUCUUGUACAAAAACCUUUCCGAGGACACAUAAAUGUCCGGUGCAAUUAUGAUUCUUCAGGUGUUUCUAUUAUCACACAUUCUCAGGCUAAAUCUGUGUGUGUGUACGGGUGUGUAUGUAUGGAUGGAUAUCAAGACACAGUCACUGGUUGUUUUCAAAAGUGAGAUUUUAUCUACUAGCCAUUUAUUCACAUUCACAGCUGUUACACUCUCACCAUCAUAAGUUUAGCUGUUAGCGGUGCUUAUUUUUAACAUGUGAAGUAUAGUACCCUUCAUUUAUUUUGAUAUGAGUAACGUUUAGAUUACCCGUGUCAUGUAUUUAGCAGCCGCACAAUUGGGAAAAACACGAUGAAAAAGACUUACAAAAAAAUUAGUGUUGCAUUCUAGCUUUGUAGAGAAGGAGUUGUUUAUUGUUCUGUUUUUGUGUUUAGAAUAACAUAGCUUAACUAAAAGAGAUGGAGGGAUGCUAAGCAGAGAAACAACAAGUUAGAAAGGGAUUCUUUCGAGUAGUGUGGGAGAGAAAGUGGAAAUGGAAGGGAGUUGUACUCUUGUUUUUUUUGAAUAACUUAGAUUAAGUUAGAGAAGCGAGGGAGGGGUUCGAGGGGAAAUGUGAGCAGAGUAAUAAUUCAUUGUGAGGGUAAAGAACAGGAGCUUAUCUUGUACAAAGAGGUAGAUGUUUUUACCUGUGGAGCAUUUUCUUACUCUCAGUUUGUCUACCUCUUCCUCUUUGUCCGCCUCUCUGUCGGCCUCUGCUGUUUAGUGUGACGUAGUGCUCCACAGGGUGACCAGACCAAAGGCUGCAUGUAGGUUGUUGUUGGUGGAGGCCAAAAGAUUUAGACCUGCUCCUGCGAACAUUUCAGACUUACAGAAACCACAGAGACACGCCUUUAUGAAGCAUGUGUGUGCUGUUUGUAGAACCUAGAGCGGGGGUCUCAAAGUCUCAGGGUCAGAGCCAAUAAAGGUGCCCACAUGUUUUGUUUUUUUUAAUGAUUAUUUAAGAAGGAUUUCAGUAUUUCUGAAUCUCUAUUCAUCUCUCAAUUACUACUCGAUUAAUAAUCACAAUUCAGACAGGUACAUUUAUUUCCAAAACCUUAUAUUCAAUGCUAUCUUUUAAGAUAAAGAAAGCAGCUCAUCUUUAAUUCUGGCAACACUGAAACCAGUAAACCUGAAAAAUAAAUUAUGAAAAUGGUUGCAGAAUAUUUGAAUUGAUUAAUCAAGUGAUCCCAAAACGCCAAUCAUAGGCUAAGACCGAUGGCACGCAGACGUACAGCGUAGCACUGCUGUUAGCAUUUAUGCAGAACACUUGGAGAAGCGACCCUGCCAGUGGGAAAUGGAACUUUGAGACCCCUGAACUAGAGGAUUGUAAAGAUAAAACUGUCCAGCACACUGGAACUGGUCCAUGCAUUUGAAACGGAGAUGUGUAGAUGUACACAUUUAUGAGUGCAGGUCUUCAGAGACUGUCUGACUAGAGUCCUUUUGACGGGCAACAGCCAAAACUUGCUAGUUACAGACUCCUAAGCCCUGUCACACAGGAAACCAAAUCAUUGCUAGACACAGAAGUGCGAAACUGCGAUGAUAUAGAGAGGAAACGGUAUGUAAAGUAAGAGAGAGAGAGAGAGAUGUUGUCAAGAUGUAAGAAAAGGAGAGUGAAAGUUAAACGUCAGGAAAACGAGAGGAGGCGAAAGUGUGUGGAGAGAAGGAAGACACGGAGUUCUAAGGAAGUGGAAUUGGAAGUUUGGAAUAGUCGGAGACAAACUGGAGGUGAAGGACAGGAAGUAAAUGUGUGAAUAAGGAGAGAGAAACAUGAUGGAAAACAUCAGCCAGAGAUUCACAGUGCUGCCGAGCUUUGAGUUUAGCUGGUUAUUGUAAAAAGCUUUCAUGGUGUUACACCAACGUACCAAUUCUGAUUUUAGCGAGUGAGUUAGCGUGUUGUGUUUAUGAUGUUUACCGUUCAAACUGUUAUUUAUUUACAUUGCUACUGCUGCUACUUUUUAUUGCUUUAGACGCUGCUGUCACUUCUUUUCCCCAAAGGACAAAUACUUUAUUCUUUUUUUGAAGCCAAAUAAGUAAAAUAAUGCAAUGUCAACACGUGUUACCAAAUACAGAGAAAGUCUGAGGAGAGAGAAAGCAAGUGGGAGAGGGAGUAGAAGAGGAAGUGCGGGAGGGUGGAUUUAUAAAAAAGUACUAACACAAAAUAUUAAAUGUGUCUCUGUGUGUAAUGGAAGUAGUUAAUCCUUUAUAUCCUGACGUCACACUAAACUGUACAGUUUAUUAUUAGAGGGGAGGUCUGUCUGUCCAGAUGCUUUGUGUCGCAUCCAUCCGUCCCUCCGUCUGUCCACAGGUCUCCUGCAAGCUUGACAACAUGACAGUUCACACCAAAGGUGUCCACAACUCAACGUAAAUACAAAAGCGUGUAAUUGUUAUGACUAUUGUUAUUGACCUUAUAAUUGAUUACUCUCUGCUAUGAUAUAUAAGUAAUCUCUCUGUAGCUAGUGGGAGAGGGCGAGGGGAGGGGGGCUGUACUGUAGUAGUGAUGUGUGUGUGUGUGUUAUACUGUACAGAGGGAGACUGGUGCACUUAUUUAAAACAGAGGCCAAGCUCAUAUGAGGCUCACUUUUAAUCUAGAUUUUGAACAUGCAUUCAGGUGAAACACGAAACUGACCCAUCUGCUAAAAGCUCAUAUCAACCGGAUCAAUUAUAGCUUUCUAUAUGUUUAAUGAUGAUCAUGAGGGAUACUUUUCUAAUUUAGAAAAGCUCCAUCCAGUUCCAGAGAACACAUAAUACUACUGAUGAGUACACUUAACGCAUGUGUCCCUAUUUGAAAUUACAGCUUGUGUAAAAAUGUCAUUAAUGUGCAAUAUAAUUCACUAGGCUGUUAGAGGGGUAAUCUUUAAUCGGUUCAACCGCCCUGAUUUUAAAGGUGUUUUUUUCAGAUCAGACAAGUCAUAAUCCUGCACAGGUUCAGUAUUGCGUCUUGCAUCCCAAAGGUCAGUAGCAGAACAGAUCCGUUGACCGCAUUAUCUCCAAGUUAAACCCUGACCAGACCCGUUAAUAUACGUAUCAUGAUUAAACACACUUACUGCGUUAUAAUCACACACUUUAAAAGGAUUGAUUUUUACUCAGGUUAAGAUUGUUUUUGUCCGUUACCGCUGUCCAGGAUGGUGCUUAACGCUUUCUGUCCCUAAAACAUUAGGGCUGCUGAUUAUGCUUAUGAGCUGAUUUAGUUGUUAAUCAUUCUGUACCACUAUUUUCAUUUCACAUAUCUCUAGAAAAACAACCUAUUUUAAGGUGUCUAUCCACAUUUAGUUCAUUUUUACGUGUGUCUAUGAUUUAAUAUAUAUAUGUAUGUUAUUCCCGUUCCACACGUUUUUCCAGACUGUACUGGUUAGUAUUGUAGUUUAACAUGAACCGUUUUCGUAAUAGCAGUUAACCCGUGUUGAGCUCAUGUCGCUUCUAGAUGCACAUAGUUUUUGACUUCAUUACGGCUACAACGUGGAUCUUAUCUAUCUUGCCUUUUGUCUAAAACUCCUGAGUAUAGAUCAUAAUCUCUGUACGUGUGUCUGAACACGAAGCCGCACCCAGUCUCCCGCUGUGCUCUGUUAUUAAGCUGAUGUUUAUUUUUGCAAACACACACACACUCUUCAAUUCAGUUUAUGUACAUUUCCCUGCAAACACCAUUGAAACACCUCUGUGUAACCAGUCAAGGCAGGCGUGUGUGUGUGUGUAUGUGUGUGUGUAUGUGUGUGUGUGUGAUGAAACAUCUGUAACUACACACACACACACACACACACAUCCACUGUAUAAAGUCAUCCCAUUCUCUCCAAUAGUGGCUUUAUGUGUAUAUUAGUUUGCCAGAGGUGUAUAAAAACAGCGUGUGUGUUUGUUGUGAAACCAUCUGUAAGUAAACCAAAUAUCAUUUUCACUAUGCAGUCAUUCACCGAUUUACGAACAAACUGGAGUUAGCUACGGUGUGUUUUUGUUUUUGAGCCCCCCCCCAUCCCAGUGUGAUUAAACAGCGCCUUCAGCUAGAGAAUAGAGAGAGCGCGAGAUAUGUGUUUUGAAUGAGCUGACAAAUAUUUAAGGAUUGUAUUUGGGUCGGGGAGGGACGGGGGUUAGACCGGGGUUUGUAGUUUUGGGGGAGAUACAGAUCAAUGCUGUAAAGUAUAUUAAUUGCAUGUUAUUGUCACCGUUGUAACUGCCAUUGUUUUUGUUUUUGUUUUCUUUCUACGACAACGGUGGGUCGGGGCGGGGAUGCACAAACUUUAUCCUUAUUUAUAAUUUUUACGCAUAUAGUCUGUAUGUCUGUUUUUAAAAUGUUGAAUUAUUGUACUUAGAAAAAGACACACUUUUGUUUGCCUUUUUAAAAGAAAUGUUUGCAAUAUUUUAUUUUUUUCACUUUGGACCCGUCGACGAGGAGGAGCUGUGUCAUUAUUAGCAGAAAGUGUGUGUUAGAAAACGUCCUGUUUCCCCUCAUCCUGUGCCGUGUGUGUUUCUUUCAGUUAUCCGUGUGCAAGCAGAGUGUGUGUGGGAGUUUAUUCGUCUACCAAAAGUCUUUAUCGAUGGUGAUUAUUAUUAGCUUUUAUUUUUGUUGUUUUUUAUUAUGAUUACUGUUUUAUUAUUAUUGUUUUUGUUAUUAUUAUUAUUAUUAUUCAGGGCAAAGAUGACACCAAAUUGAGCAAAGAAAUAAAUGGGUGAUCCCAGACAGUGCAGAGCUUCUUUUACUGGCGAGGUGGAGCAAUUCUCCCCGUUACGCUGUAGUGUCUGCCACCUUAUUGAACCCGCCACGUAAAGUUAACCUCUGAGCUGAAACGUCUAAUAGUAUUUUUUUAUUAUUAUUAUAUAUAUUGUUUUCCUUUGAUCAGAUAUCAUGAUCGUUUUAUUUCUUGUUACCCCAGUUUGGGUCAUAAAUUGUGUGCUGUUAUUUAAUUUCUUCCUUUUUUUCCACUCACCCCUGCCCACUGCUUUUUGAUUUUUUUAAUUCUAUUUCAUGAGUUUUGUAUUCUUCCUGGUUUGAUGCUGUAGUGUUGAGCUGAUUGGUCGAACACCAGAGCUUUGUUUUUUUUCCUAAUGCUGAGACUCGUGACUGAUGUUGCACUUGUGAUGGGUUUUAUUUUGUUGUUGUUUUGUUUUGCGUUGCAGAUUUUGGGAUUGUUGUGCAGGAGAAUAUCGGGUGUUUUCCUUAUUUUCUUUAAGUCACAGCAGUUAUUUUAUCAAUCAUAGAUCUGUGACACAGAGCAAGGAAAUGAUUCAACAGUGUAUUUUUCUCACUGAUAUUUAUUUAUUGGUCAUUUGUACGUUUUUUUUUGGGUUUGUUUUAUUUUAAUGUGUAUUGCUUUUUUGUGGAGGGCAAACAGGACACAAGGUAGAGGAGUUUUCCAUUGUGUACAGAAAGCUAAAUAUUGUAUUCACACUAACGUACAGUCUAUAGAGUAACAGAUCACCAGGUAAAGUAGAAACCUGCAGCACAGUGAGGUGCUUCUGUUGCUGGCUUUACUGUGACUGUCAGACUCAUUUUGUUUACUGUUUACCCUCUCAGAAGGCCCAAACAAACAAACUGGUUUAAAGAAGCCACAGCAUGGUGUAUUUGAACUGUAUUGCUUUGCUAAUAACUCACAGUUAAAGUUUGUAUUGUUUGAAACAUUGAUGGUUUUUAAUCCGAAUGCCAGAUACAAAGCAGACUAGAUUUAGGUUUUUUUCAGUUUAAGGUAUUCCAGCUGAUGAUAACGGCUAUGAUAGUGGACGGGAGGGCUUUUUAUUAACCUGUACUCCCUGCUUUGAAACAUCAUUGAGGUUUGGUGCUUGGUGUUUUUCUAAAUGCAGUCUAAAUAGCAUGACUUGCUAGUUUGCAGGGCUGGGGGAGGAUUGACUUCAAAGGCUUCUUGUCUGUAGGACACCGUGGAUUUAUUUACAGUUGAGUCAAUCGACUCAACUGCCCAUUUCCAUUUUUGUUUUGUUUUUUGGCUGUAUUUUAUCCCCCCGUCCCCCCAGUCUCAUUUCAAACAGAAUAAAUGCCAUUAUAUUGUGAAUACCUCAGGAUUUUUUUGGAGAAAAAAAACAACAAAACACCUAAAAAUCAAAUACAUAAAUAAAUAAAAACUCAUAAAAAUC